AGGAGGUAGGCGGGGCCUGUCCCCGCUUCCAUUCUGAUGCUCGACUCGCUGUCUCACUCGUGUUUCCUGGCUCCGCUCUUACGCGCACGAAGAUAACUUUUUAGCCUCACAUGAAGCAGCAGCUCAGUCUGUUUUAAACUGGACCAAACUCGGGAUAUAUUUAUACUGGUGUGAUUUCUAUAAAACAAUCUGGUAGUGUUCUUUUAUUUCAAACUUUAACUUUUCUCCAUCUUUUUAAGUGUGUGUGAAUGUGUGUGUGUGAAUGUGUGUGUGCUGAAUGAGUGAGUGAGAGGGAACAAGGACCAGAAUGAUUGCAGCCCAGUUAUUAGCCUAUUACUUCACAGAGCUCAAGGAUGACCAGGUCAAAAGGAUCGAUAAGUACCUGUACUCUAUGCGGUUCUCCGAUGAGACGUUGCUGGAGAUCAUGCAGCGGUUCAGGCGGGAGCUAGUCCAAGGACUGGGCGGGGACACCAACGCCACCGCUGCCCUGAAGAUGCUGCCAACGUUUGUGCGCUCGAUCCCCGAUGGAACAGAGAAAGGAGACUUCAUCGCCUUGGAUUUGGGGGGCAGUAACUUCAGAAUCCUUCGCGUCAAAGUGAGCCACGAGAAGAAGCAGACAGUUCAGAUGGAGAGUGAGGUUUACGACACGCCUGAGGACAUCAUCCACGGCAGUGGGACAAGACUGUUCGAUCACGUGGCAGAGUGUCUCGGAGACUUCAUGGAAAAACACAACAUCAAAGACAAGAAACUCCCUGUGGGGUUCACCUUCUCCUUCCCCUGCCAGCAGGCCAAGCUAAACGAGGGCUACCUGCUAACGUGGACAAAGCGUUUCAAAGCCAGCGGGGUAGAAGGGAUGGAUGUUGUCCAGCUGCUCAAUAAAGCUAUUAAAAAACGAGGGGACUACGAAGCUGACAUCAUGGCAGUGGUGAAUGACACCGUGGGAACUAUGAUGACAUGCGGCUUUGACGACCAGCGUUGUGAAGUUGGCAUCAUCAUUGGCACCGGCACUAAUGCCUGCUACAUGGAGGAGCUUCGCCACAUCGACCUGGUGGAGGGAGACGAGGGACGGAUGUGCGUCAACACCGAGUGGGGGGCUUUCGGAGACGACGGGAGGCUGGAGGACAUCAGGACGGAGUUUGACAGAGAGAUUGACCGAGGCUCACUCAACCCAGGCAAACAGCUAUUUGAGAAGAUGAUCAGUGGGAUGUACAUGGGGGAGCUGGUCCGUCUCAUCCUGGUGAAGAUGGCCAGAGAAGGUCUCCUCUUUGAAGGAAGGAUCACCCCUGAGCUCCUCACCAAGGGCAAAUUUGAGACUAAACACAUCUCAGCCAUAGAGAAGAGUAAGGAAGGUUUGACCAAAGCAAAGGAGAUUUUAGCCCGACUCGGUGUGGAGCCCUCAGCGGACGAUUGCAUCGCUGUGCAGCACGUUUGCGCCAUCGUCUCUCACCGCUCUGCCAACCUGGUGGCCGCUGCCCUGGCCGGCAUCCUGAUGAGGCUGAAGGACAACAAAGGCGUGGCUCGACUCCGGACCACCGUGGGCAUCGACGGCUCCCUUUACAAGAUGCACCCACAGUACGCCCGUCGUCUUCAUAAGACCGUCCGACGUCUGGUCCCCGACUGCGACGUCCGAUUCCUCCUCUCAGAGAGUGGCAGCGGGAAGGGUGCUGCCAUGGUAACAGCUGUGGCCUAUAGACUCGCAGAACAAUCCCAUCAAAUCAUCCAAAUCCUGUCUGAAUUCCGCCUGACAACAGAACAGCUGCUGGAGGUAAAGAAGAGAAUGAGGACAGAGAUUGAAAAUGGCCUCGCUAAAAGCACCCAGGACUCAGCCACGGUCAAAAUGCUGCCGACUUUUGUACGAAGUACACCUGAUGGCACAGAGAACGGUGAUUUCCUGGCUUUGGACUUGGGAGGAACCAACUUCCGGGUGUUGUUGGUGAAGAUCCGCUCUGGGAAGAGGAGAACGGUGGAGAUGCACAACAAGAUUUACGCUAUUCCUCUAGAAGUGAUGCAGGGCACGGGAGAGGAGCUGUUUGAUCACAUCGUGCACUGCAUCAGUGACUUCCUGGACUACAUGGGGAUGAAGAACGCUCGUCUUCCUCUAGGCUUCACCUUCUCGUUUCCAUGCCGACAGACAAGUCUGGAUGCUGGUAUCUUGGUGACGUGGACCAAAGGCUUUAAGGCGACGGACUGUGAAGGAGAGGAUGUGGUGGGACUGCUGAGGGAUGCUAUUAAGCGAAGAGAGGAGUUUGAUCUGGAUGUGGUGGCUAUAGUCAAUGACACGGUGGGAACCAUGAUGACCUGUGCCUACGAAGAGCCCACCUGUGAGGUUGGACUUAUUGCUGGAACGGGCAGCAACGCUUGUUACAUGGAGGAGAUGAGGAACAUUGAGAUGGUCGAUGGCGAUGACGGACAGAUGUGUGUCAACAUGGAGUGGGGUGCUUUUGGAGACAACGGGUGCCUCGAUGACUUCAGGACAGAAUACGACCGCGCUGUGGACGACCUCUCUCUCAAUCCAGGAAAACAAAGGUAUGAGAAGAUGUGCAGCGGCAUGUACCUCGGUGAGAUUGUGAGGAACAUCCUCAUAGACAUGACCAAGAAAGGAUUCUUGUUCCGAGGGCAGAUUUCUGAAACCCUGAAGACCAGAGGCAUCUUUGAAACAAAGUUUCUCUCACAGAUUGAGAGUGACAGACUGGCUUUGCUGCAGGUGAGAGCCAUCCUGCAACACCUGGGUCUGGACAGCACCUGUGAUGACAGUAUCAUUGUGAAAGAGGUUUGUGGAACGGUGGCGCGUCGUGCUGCUCAGCUGUGUGGGGCGGGGAUGGCGGCGGUCGUGGAUAAGAUAAGGGAGAACCGCGGACUGGACCAUCUGGACAUCACCGUGGGGGUCGACGGGACUCUGUACAAAUUACAUCCACAUUUCUCUGGCAUCAUGCACGAGACUGUUAAAGAACUGGCUCCUCGGUGUAACGUCAACUUCCUGCUGUCAGAGGACGGCAGCGGGAAAGGAGCUGCUCUCAUCACCGCUGUGGGCUGCCGAUUCAGACAGGAGCUAAACAGUAAAUAAUAAUAAAAACGAUCUGUCGGAAUGUUAGCUCCCCUUUAAACACCCUCCUUUUCUUAAACGUUGUCUCUUUUCCUUCCACAUCAAGUCAACACGUCCACACUCCAGAAGCUGCUUUAACUCGUAUUGACUUGUCUUAUAAAACGAGAGACGUAGCGGCAGAGAGUCUCUGCUGUAGUUAGAUUACUUUAAUUAAUCUCUUUAGGGUGUUUACUUUUGUGAUUUUUUUAAACUUGAAAAAAAAUGAAACGGCUGCAAAAAAAUAAUAAUCCCCAAAACUCCAGUAAAAUGCUCCUCUGCUUCCAUCUGGUGGAAUCUUCUGGUUACUGCAACCUCAUCCAAGAAGACCUAACAACACAUUUUAGACCGAAGUGUGACUGCUGCAGGCGUCACACUGUUUCAGUAAGAAAAAGGGAUUUGAGAUGGUGUAUAAAAGUGUACGUAGAUGAAAGUAAUAUUUUUGCUCGAGGUUUUUAAUAUCUUACCCAGAUGUGAUGUUUGUUGUUAUUUAUUUUAUUUUUAUUUUGGAGGAUGCUCACAGAAGAAGCUGUUCCGUUCUAUCAGAGACGUUUGCACUGACUUCAGCAGGAAUUAGCUAUUUCAAGCAUUUCUUGGUCUAAUCUACGACUGCUAUCUCUGUCCUUUUUUUAAUCGAUAACCUGUUUUAAAGUGAAAUGUUGUUAUUUACAGUUAUUCAUAAGUGGCUGUUAUCUCGUGUUCUGGCCGUCCUCAGUCACUGAAGUGAAACCAUAGAACGGGAAUGUGGUGCUAAUGUGAGUGCCAGAGGAACAACAAUGAUGGACAAACUGUAUAAAUGUAAGAACAUUUAAAAAAUAUAAUCUAUUCAGACAUGUUCCUGAUGUCUUGGGGACAUGAUUAGGUUGUUUGGGUCAUUCACACCUAGUUUUAAUUAUUGAAAUAACUAAAAACAACUGUUUCAAUCUGGAGGCUGGUCCUUUUUGUAAAGUCGUGCUAAAAAAAAAAGGCCAUAGGCGCAUUUUCUUGGGUCAGUUCAAAUACAUGUUCUCGUUUGCCAUUAUAAUGUUAAAUGUUGCUGCCAUUUACUUUGUUAAAUGAUUAGGCUGAUUUGCAGCAAAACAUGGAAACUUCCAGAUCUCUUCUGUCCUUGCACAAAACUGAGAUUAAAACACCGAAAACAAUAAAAUCCAGCCUGUGUCCAUCUGA